CUAAAAAGGGUGUGCUUUAAAAUGGCGGCCGGUGACAGGAUUUAUAGGAGUCUAUUUUCUAACAUAAAGUUCUUUUCUAGGGGAUGGGGACCGAUAGAUACAAUGGAAAGCCUAGCUGGUGUUAUAACGAAUCUUAGUAGGACAAAAUUGCACGAGGAUAUAAAGGAUCACAGCCACCCUAUAAAAACCAAAAAAAUGGCCGAUAAUUCUGAAGGUACUAUGUAUGAAGGUACUUUCCUUUCUCCUCUUGCAACCUUGUUGCCUGGAGUCCUCCCAGAAGAAGCUGAAAUGGCUAGGUGA